UAACACGACAUGGAAUGAUUGUCUUGUUAGAUACCUUGCUUGCAUUUAGAUGCCUGAUUGUCUUGCAAGUUAGAUACAUUGUCUUGAGUUUGGAGUGUCAUAAAGUUAACUGAAAGACGUCAACUCUAAUGGAUUUUACCAAGUUUCCAGACUAUAUGGAGGGACUCGGAGACAGAUUCAUGAAAUGUACAGUGGAAUCUAGGACAAGACCAAACUGUGAAGCCAAUUUUAAGGUUAUGCUGCAUAUGCCUCCAGAUGGACUCCAAGAAAAAACAGGUCAUGUGGCACAUGAAGUAGAUCAACAGUGGAAGAGAAGAAACUGCACCAAAGGAGCAUUUAAUGUCAUUGCCACAACUGGAUCCAUGAAACUGCGGAAAAGAAGGACAAACUUGACCCACAAGCUUUCAGAUUCUGGUGGCAGAUUCUGGGAAGAAUUUUCAAUUCAUCUUGAUCAUACCACAAGCUUUUCUAAGUACUCCAGGCAUCAAAAUGCCAAUGUUUCCGUCACUGAUCUGAUAGAGGAAUUGAAAAUAGAGGACCAAAAUUCCCUGUCUGCACUGCCUGCAGUGCGGCUUCCUUCAACAGAAAGUCCCAACGACAUUGAUAUGCAACCCACCAGUGAUCUCCAAACAGCAAAUGAGAUGAUGAAUCUUCCCCAAAGAUAUUCCAGGACUGCAGAACCUUCCACAGGGUUGGGAGCUUUUACUGAUGCAGCAGGACUGAUACCUGAUCACCCCUUGCUCAUGGAUGUUGAGUUUUCAGAAUCUGAAGGACUGACAUCAACUCCUGCGGUGGCUCCUUUGCCCCUGCUCGCAGGAUCUGAUGGUGACAUCGUGAUGCAUGAUGAAACAAUGAUCAGGAAGUCAAAAGGGAUACCAAUUCUAGAACGAGUUGGGGAAACACUACGGCAAAAAAAACUGCGUGUCACCCAGGCUUGAGUGAUGUUGAAAUGAAUCACACGGCUCCUUCAGAGUCUUUUCUACUGUCUGUGAUUGCUUAACUCUGAUGAGCAUAAAUGGAUUUUCACAGCUUCACAAAUAGACACGUUUUAAAAUAGCUGCGGUGAAAUAAAACAAAAGAUUGGGAACAAAUGUA